AUGAAUCUGGGGUGGGAGGAGAAGGGAAUGAGGGCUUUUGACUUCCAGCGUGGUCACUCUGACAGCUAUCGUGUCGCCACCUCGCAGGACAAGAAAGAUGAUAAGGGCUCGCCCAAGAAGGGCAAGGCGCCCAAGGAACGCCGGGACCUGGAUGACCUCAAGAAGGAGGUGGCCAUGACAGAGCACAAGAUGUCAGUGGAAGAGGUCUGUCGGAAAUACAACACAGACUGUGUGCAGGGUCUGACCCACAGCAAAGCCCAGGAGAUCCUGGCCCGAGACGGACCCAACGCCCUCACGCCGCCCCCCACUACCCCCGAAUGGGUCAAGUUCUGCCGACAGCUCUUCGGAGGCUUCUCCAUCCUGUUGUGGAUCGGGGCCAUUCUGUGCUUCCUCGCCUACGGCAUCCAGGCAGGCACUGAGGACGACCCCGCAGGAGACAAUCUGUAUCUGGGUAUCGUCUUGGCUGCUGUGGUCAUCAUCACCGGUUGCUUCUCCUACUACCAGGAGGCUAAAAGCUCCAAAAUCAUGGAAUCCUUCAAGAACAUGGUCCCUCAGCAAGCCCUGGUGAUCCGAGAAGGGGAGAAGAUGCAGGUGAACGCAGAAGAGGUGGUAGUUGGUGACCUCAUUGAGAUCAAGGGUGGAGACCGAGUCCCAGCUGACCUCAGGAUCAUCUCGGCACAUGGUUGCAAGGUGGAUAAUUCCUCUCUGACUGGCGAAUCUGAGCCCCAGACACGAUCCCCAGACUGUACACAUGACAAUCCCUUGGAGACUCGGAACAUCACCUUCUUUUCCACCAAUUGUGUGGAAGGCACGGCUCGAGGUGUGGUGGUGGCCACAGGUGACCGGACUGUGAUGGGCCGAAUUGCAACUCUAGCCUCAGGUCUGGAGGUGGGCAAGACUCCAAUUGCCAUUGAGAUUGAACACUUCAUCCAGCUGAUCACAGGCGUGGCUGUCUUUCUGGGUGUUUCCUUCUUCAUCCUGUCCCUUAUCCUGGGCUACACCUGGCUCGAAGCUGUCAUCUUCCUCAUUGGCAUCAUCGUGGCCAAUGUGCCUGAGGGCUUGCUGGCUACUGUCACUGUGUGCCUGACAUUGACGGCCAAGCGUAUGGCCCGGAAGAACUGUUUGGUAAAGAAUCUAGAGGCUGUGGAGACCCUGGGCUCCACCUCCACCAUCUGCUCAGAUAAGACGGGAACCCUGACCCAGAACAGGAUGACGGUUGCCCACAUGUGGUUUGACAACCAGAUCCACGAGGCAGACACCACUGAGGAUCAAUCUGGAACCUCAUUUGACAAGAGCUCCCACACCUGGGUGGCCCUGUCCCAUAUUGCCGGCCUCUGCAACCGAGCUGUCUUCAAGGGAGGCCAGGACAAUAUACCUGUGCUCAAGAGGGAUGUGGCAGGAGAUGCUUCUGAGUCAGCCCUUCUGAAAUGCAUCGAAUUGUCAUCUGGCUCUGUUAAACUGAUGAGGGAAAGGAACAAAAAAGUGGCUGAGAUACCCUUCAACUCCACCAACAAAUACCAGCUUUCCAUCCACGAGACAGAGGACCCCAAUGACAAUCGAUAUCUGCUGGUGAUGAAGGGUGCCCCUGAGAGGAUCUUGGACAGAUGCUCCACCAUUCUGCUGCAGGGCAAAGAGCAGACCCUGGAUGAUGAACUCAAGGAGGCUUUCCAGAAUGCCUACUUGGAGCUGGGUGGGCUGGGAGAACGAGUACUUGGGUUCUGCCACUACUACUUGCCUGAGGAACAGUUCCCCAAGGGCUUUGCUUUCGACUGUGACGAUGUCAACUUCACCACUGACAAUCUCUGCUUCGUUGGCCUCAUGUCCAUGAUUGACCCACCCAGAGCUGCUGUCCCUGAUGCUGUGGGCAAAUGCCGAAGUGCUGGCAUCAAGGUGAUCAUGGUGACUGGCGACCACCCCAUCACAGCUAAAGCUAUUGCCAAGGGUGUAGGGAUCAUCUCAGAGGGCAAUGAAACUGUGGAGGACAUUGCUGCCAGGCUCAACAUCCCUGUGAGCCAGGUCAAUCCCAGGGACGCCAAAGCUUGCGUGAUCCACGGCACAGACCUGAAGGAUUUCUCCUCAGAGCAGAUUGAUGAAAUCUUGCAGAACCACACAGAGAUCGUGUUUGCCCGAACCUCCCCCCAACAGAAGCUCAUCAUUGUGGAAGGCUGCCAGAGACAGGGUGCUAUUGUAGCAGUGACUGGGGAUGGCGUGAAUGACUCACCUGCCCUUAAGAAGGCGGAUAUUGGCGUGGCUAUGGGCAUUGCCGGCUCUGACGUCUCCAAGCAGGCAGCCGACAUGAUUUUGUUGGAUGAUAAUUUCGCUUCCAUCGUCACUGGUGUGGAGGAGGGCCGACUGAUCUUCGACAACCUGAAGAAAUCUAUUGCCUACACCUUGACCAGCAAUAUCCCUGAGAUCACCCCUUUCCUGCUUUUCAUCAUGGCAAACAUCCCCCUGCCCCUGGGAACCAUCACUAUCCUCUGCAUUGACCUGGGCACAGAUAUGGUACCUGCCAUCUCCCUGGCCUAUGAGGCUGCUGAGAGUGACAUCAUGAAGCGACAGCCCCGAAACCCAAGGACGGAUAAGUUGGUGAACGAGAGGCUCAUUAGUAUGGCAUAUGGGCAGAUAGGGAUGAUCCAGGCUCUGGGUGGCUUCUUUGCCUAUUUUGUGAUUCUGGCGGAGAACGGCUUCCUGCCUUCCAACCUCGUGGGCAUUCGGCUCAACUGGGAUGACCGAACCGUCAAUGACCUUGAGGAUAGCUAUGGGCAACAAUGGACCUAUGAGCAGCGGAAGUCAGUGGAGUUCACUUGUCACACAGCCUUCUUCGUCAGCAUCGUGGUUGUGCAGUGGGCAGAUCUCAUCAUCUGCAAGACCAGAAGGAACUCUGUUUUCCAGCAGGGCAUGAAGUGA